UCAGAGAAGCCGGAAACAGUAGACUGGGGCAGCCACUGCUUACACUGAAGAGGAAGGACGGGAGAGGAUUGUGUGUGUGUGUGUGUGUGUGUUUGUAUUUUUUUUUCUUUUUCUUUUUGGUGGUGGUGAUGGAAGGGGGUUGCUAGCAGGGCCAGCCCUGAACCCGCUGGACAGAGCUACAGACCCAUGGGGCCUGGCAGUGGCCGCUGAGAGAGGGAGAAGACAGCAGAGGGGUUGCCAAGGCACCCUCCAAACCCCAGAUCAUGUCUCUGUGGGGUCUGGUCUCCAAAAUGCCCCCAGAGAAACUGCAGCGGCUCUAUGUCGACUUUCCCCAACACCUACGGCAUCUCCUGUGUGACUGGCUGGAGAACCAGCCCUGGGAGUUCCUUGUCGGCUCAGACACCUUCUGCUGUGACAUGGCCAGCGCCCUACUUUCUGCCACUAUCCAGCGCCUUCAGGCCUCAGCUGGAGAGCAGGGGGAGGGGAGCACCAUCUUGCAACACAUCAGCGCCCUGGAGAGCAUAUAUCAGAGGGAUCCCCUGAAGCUAGUGGCCACUUUCAGACACAUCCUUCAAGGGGAAAAAAAAGCCGUUAUGGAACAGUUCCACCACCUGCCAAUGCCCUUCCACUGGAAGCAGGAGGAGCUCAAGUUUAACACGGUCCUGGGGAGGCUGCAGCACCGAGUCGGGGAAGCCCACCUUCUCCGAGAAGCCCUGCUGCCGGGGGCGGAGGCUGGCCAAGUGUCUCUGCACAGCUUGAUAGAAACUCCGACCAAUGGGACUGGGCCAAGUGAGGCCCUGGCCACGCUGCUGCAGGAGACGGUGGGGGAGCUGGAGGCUGCCCAGGCCCUGGUGCUGAAGAGGAUCCAGAUUUGGAAACGGCAGCAGCAGCUGGCAGGGAAUGGCGCACCCUUUGAGGAGAGCCUGGCCCCACUACAGGAGAGGUGUGAGAAGCUGGUGGAGAUUUAUUCCCAGCUGCAGCAGGAAGUGGGGGCGGCUGGUGGGGAGCUUGAACCCAAGACCCGGGCAGCACUGAUUAGCCGGCUGGAUGAAGUCCUGCGAACACUGGUCACCAGCUCUUUCCUGGUGGAAAAGCAGCCACCCCAGGUUCUGAAGACUCAGACCAAGUUCCAGGCCGGGGUGCGAUUCCUGCUGGGCCUGCGGUUCCUGGGCACCCCAGCCAAGCCUCCGCUGGUCAGGGCCGACAUGGUAACAGAGAAGCAGGCGAGGGAGCUCAGCAUGCCCCAGGGGCCUGGGGCUGGAGCCAGAGAGAGCACCGGGGAGAUCAUCAACAACACUGUGCCCCUGGAGAACAGCGUCCCGGGGAACUGCUGCUCUGCCCUGUUCAAGAACCUGCUUCUAAAGAAAAUCAAGCGGUGUGAGCGGAAGGGCACCGAGUCUGUCACCGAGGAGAAGUGUGCUGUGCUCUUCUCCACCAGCUUCGCGCUCGGCCCCAGCAAACUCCCCAUCCAGCUCCAGGCCCUGUCUCUGCCCCUGGUGGUCAUCGUCCAUGGCAACCAAGACAACAACGCCAAAGCCACCAUCCUGUGGGACAAUGCCUUCUCUGAGAUGGACCGUGUGCCCUUUGUGGUGGCUGAGCGGGUGCCCUGGGAGAAGAUGUGUGAAACUCUGAACCUCAAGUUCAUGGCUGAAGUGGGGACCAACCGGGGGUUACUCCCAGAGCACUUCCUCUUCCUGGCCCAGAAGAUCUUCAACGACAACAGCCUCAGCAUGGAGGCCUUCCAGCACCGCUCUGUGUCCUGGUCACAGUUCAACAAGGAGAUCCUGUUGGGUCGUGGCUUCACCUUUUGGCAGUGGUUCGAUGGUGUCCUGGACCUCACCAAACGCUGUCUCCGGAGCUACUGGUCAGAUCGGUUGAUCAUUGGCUUCAUCAGCAAACAGUACGUCACUAGCCUUCUUCUCAACGAGCCUGACGGAACCUUUCUUCUUCGCUUCAGUGACUCAGAGAUUGGAGGCAUCACCAUUGCCCAUGUCAUCCGGGGCCAGGAUGGCUCCCCACAGAUAGAGAACAUUCAGCCGUUCUCUGCCAAAGACCUGUCCAUUCGCUCGCUGGGGGACCGGAUCCGGGACCUUGCUCAGCUCAAGAACCUCUACCCCAAGAAACCCAAGGACGAGGCUUUCCGGAGCCACUACAAGCCUGAGCAGAUGGGUAAGGAUGGCAGGGGUUAUGUCCCAGCUACGAUCAAGAUGACUGUGGAAAGGGACCAGCCACUUCCCACCCCAGAGCCCCAAAUGCCUACUAUAGUCCCCAGUUACGAUCUUGGAAUGGCCCCUGACUCCUCCAUGAACAUGCAGCUCGGCCCAGACAUGGUGCCCCAGGUGUACCCACCACACUCUCACCCCAUCCCCUCAUAUCCAGCCCUCUCCCGGGAAGAAUCCGUCAGUGUGUUGCCAGCCUUCCCGGAACCUCACCUGCAGAUGCCCCCUAACCUGAGCCAGAUGAGCCUGCCCUUUGACCAACCUCACCCACAGGGCCUGCUGCCGUGCCAGCCUCAGGAGCAUCCCGUAUCCAGCCCUGAGCCCCUGCUCUGCUCAGAUGUGACCAUGGCAGAAGAGAGCUGCCUGAGCCAGCCUGUGGGAGGGUUCCCCCAAAGCACCUGGGUCAGUGAAGACAUGUACCCACCUUUGCUGCCUCCCACUGAACAGGACCUCACUAAGCUCUUGCAGGGGCAAGGCGAGUCAGGGGGAGGGUCCUUGGGAGCCCAGCCCCUCCUGCAGCCCUCUCACUAUGGGCAGUCUGGGAUCUCAAUGUCCCACAUGGACCUAAGGGCUAACCCCAGUUGGUGAUCCCAGCUGGAGGGGGAGCCCAGAGAGAUAGCUCUUCUGCCCCCGUUGGACCUGCUCUGGACAACUGCCCAUGCUCCUGCCAAGCAGCCAAUGGGGAGGAUGUCCUCCUAUCCCCACCUACUCCCUGGUGAGGGGGAAAAGACUUUGCCAGGAGAAUGUGCAGUGGGUGGAACGUAUCUACUCUUUCCCUCCCACCACACACCCCUGCCCUCUCACUUCCAAAUACUGGAAGGGAAAUUCAGGUUCCAAGUGAGAUACACCCCAACAUGCCUGCACAUGCAGGACAUACACGUAGCUCUCCUUGGAAGGUGAGGCUGAGCAGGAAGGGGGCUGGGCAAGAGCACUGGUGAGGGCAUAGAGGACUUCUCCACCCACCCGGAGCCAGGGCUCAGGAUGCACAUGUAGAAACACGCAGACACAUGCACACUCUUGUACCAGAGACUGGGGAUGACGGUAUGGGCUUGAGUCCCAGCCCUGGGGGGAUGGGAAAGCAGUUCAGGAGACCUAAACUCCUCCUGCGUAGGAGGCAGGUGGUCUAUACAUUUGGUUACUGAUGUGGGUUUUGCUCAAAUUAAAACACAAAUCCCAAACAACUCCAAAUUCUUGCCAGUCAAAUAGAGGCUUCUGGUUAUGUGUAUGAGAUUGUGCACAAGUACAAGGGCUGAAUUUCUUUGUGUAUAGCUGUGUGCAAGUGUGUGUACCUGAGACUUAAUACAUAAUGUCACACACGGUAGUUGUAUGGCCACAUAGAAAAUGUGCCUCUCUAAUUUUGCCUGUAUGACAAGUUUGGAAGUGUGAGACACUGCACAAAAGUCACCAGCAAGUAUGCUGGUCUCUCUACAUAUGCUACCCCACAAGUACUCAGCUCUGAGUACAUGCCCAGGUGGGUCUAUGUGGCUGUGACAUCUGCGUAUGGCUGUAGCUUUGGUGGCUCAACACCACCAAUCCUGCCCAGAGGCUGGGGCCCAGGCCCAGGUGUGUGGUCCUCUCUGGGCACUGGGGGCCCCACACACUGCUUCUUUUCUAUUCCUCCAUCCACUGCCAGCUUCCUUGCACUCCCCUGCCCCAUGCCACCCUCUCUCCAUCUUCGGGGUCAUAGAUCCUAAGCCAUAAAAUAAAUUUUAUUCCAAAAUAACAAAAUAAAUAAUCUACUGUACACGA